UGAUCGGUGCUCGCGAGAAUAUGAUCUCCCUUCAGUCACAAUAGCAUUGAACAAAACGUCUAUCAUAUUAGCGGGAACAACACUUUCUCCAAGCACUUGUUGCAACCAUCUCACAACACACAGUUCAUAGGUUGAUCUCAAAACGAUGCCGGAAUUUGAAGGGGAAGCCCUGAAAGAACGAGUGCAGAAGCUCGAACGGGUUUUACGGGCACGAGAAGAACGGAUAGUUGCAUUAGAAACAGAAAAUGCUAUGUUGUAUCUGAAACUGGCUGAUUGCCAAGGUUCACUACAUCACUGUAAGUCUGAAGCAUCACAUCUCAGAAGAUUGUAUCAGAAUGAACUCAAGUCCAACAACAAUGUUUCAAAGAACUUCAGAGGAUUGUCUACCAAGGUCACAGUCAUCAGAAAAGACAUGGAAAAUUUGUCGGAAAUGGUGAGAAGCUUGCCAAAAAUGAUGGAGAAGGAGGUCAAUAAUGCCAGACUUGCCAGCGAAAGGCUUCUAUCUGGAACUUCAAAUCUAGAUGAUGUACAAGCAAAGUUAUUGGAAACUGAAAUGGCUCUUGAUGAGGCGCUUCAAAGGGCAUCAGCUGAAAAGUACCGAAGGCGUACUUUACAUAACGUUUUAGUGGAACUGCGUGGAAAUAUCCGUGUUCAUUGUCGAGUGAGGCCUUUGAUAGCGGCGUUAGAUUCAGGAGGUGUUAGUAAAGAUCUCGGCAAGGCAGGGACAGCUUUUGAACAAGUCGUAAAUGUCGUUGAUGACGAAACUGUGUCCGUUCGCCCAAACAAGGCAAUGUCCGGCUCGAUUCAGAAGAAAAUAUUUGAAUUUGAGAGAGUUUAUGCACAGGAUGCCACACAGGAGUUUGUCUUUGAAGAUGUUUCACCGCUCCUAACCUCACUACUUGAUGGUUACAAUGUGUGUUUCAUGGCGUAUGGUCAGACAGGUUCAGGAAAGACGCACACUAUGGUUGGUGGUCAUACCUUGAACGAUGAUAUUGAGAGUACAGAAACUGAUUAUUCUAUGGAGGGAAUCAUACCACGGGCUGCCAGAGAGAUUUUCAGGCUAAUGGCCGAACGUGAACAUCAGUCCGAGUCCUAUGCGAUGGAAAUAUCCGUGUGUGAAAUAUAUAACAACGAUGUUCGUGACUUACUGAGUGAGAAAUCAACUAGGACGGAGAAGAAAGAUGUUUAUAUCAAUAGUGACGGUUCAACAGAAAUACCAAGUUUGUCAACGCGUUCAGUGAGGAGUGUUGAAGAUGUCAUGAAAUAUGUUGGACAUGGGAUGAGGGAACGUCAUGAAGAUGCAACUAAAGUUCAUGCUCACUCGAGUCGAUCCCAUCUUAUAGUUCAGUUGACAUUGUAUACAUCAUCGAAUCAGAUCUCACCCCCCGGGAAAGGAAAGUCAGUAGCACCUUCCCCUCCUGUCACCCCGCGAGGUCUAAAAAGAGGCGGAUCUUAUGAUAAGGACCCAAGGAGUAGAUCUAAGUCCCCUGCUCCUCCAAACAACUCCCAUCCGAGUUCCCCAUCACCUCCUGAUACCCCAUCAACGUCAAUGGUUGUUAAAACCAAGCUGCAGUUGGUUGAUCUUGCUGGGAGUGAAUGUGUUGGUCUGUCCGGAGUGACUGGAAGUGCUUUAAGAGAGACAUCUUUCAUUAACAAGAGUUUGAGUGCCUUGGCUGAUGUCUUAGGAGCGUUAGCAGGACAUCGCUCACAUAUCCCGUAUCGUAAUACCAAAUUAACACAUGUUCUUCAAGACACCAUCGGUGGCGAUGCUAAACUGCUUGUCAUGUUGUGUGUUUCACCUGUGCAGAAAUUUAUCACUGAAACUAUGCAGUGUCUUGGAUUUGGUUCCAGGGCCAGGCAGGUUGCACGCGGACAAGUGAAGAAACGAAGAGGAACUGCCUCUCCUUUGCAACAGUCCAUAGAUUUAAAAGAAGUAAACGCGGCCCUUAAAGCAAGUGGAAGUCUCAGUAAACUUACCGUACCUAAUUUAACCAAACGUCGUGGCUCAAAUCACUAGUACCAAUGUUUUAAAACUUAGAAACUUUAUAGAGACAUGAUAUACAAAACUAAGAUACAUGCAAAUAUGAUACUGUAUAUAUUGUCUUGGACACAGAAUAUCUAUCAUCAAUCUGUUUAGGAUUUGAUUCAUAGCCCUUUUAUAAAGUUCUUUUAUAGAAAAACUUGUAUAGUGUAUCCAUUUUUUAUGGAUAAAUUAAUGGUUAUACUUUUGCAUACAAUGACUUUUUUCUAUUAAUUUUUUUA